AUGUCAGCUCUCUCUUUCUCCUGCGCCCUGGUAACUGGCGGUGGUGGUGGCCUUGGCAGGGCUAUCUCAGACUACCUACUCAAGAACGGGAAAAAAGUCAUCAUCGUCGGCCGUACAGAGAGUAACCUACGCCAGACCGCUCAAGAAAUCGGUGCUACGGACUAUUUUGUCCUCGACACGGGAAAGACCCACGAAAUUCCUUCAUUCAUUGACACGAUCAUCGGUAAAUACCCCGAAGUCGAUUGCUUAAUCAACAACGCAGGAGUUCAGCGACCUCUCCAGGUCCUUCGCGACGAACCGGCCGACUUCCUGCUCAAAGCAGACGAAGAGAUUGACAUCAAUGUCCGUGGUCCUAUGCAUCUGACGCUCGGCUUUCUAGAGCAUUUCAAAGGCAAACCGCACGGCGCGACUAUCAUCAACGUCUCGUCAAUCCUUGCCUUUGUGCCCUUCUCCGUGAUCAACCCGGUGUAUAACGGAACAAAAGCGUGGCUGCACUUUUGGUCAAUGACCCUCCGGUCACAGCUUGCCCGCGGAGGUUACGAAAAGAUCAAGGUUGUUGAAGUUGCUCCUCCGUCCGUGGCGACUGAUCUGCAUCGGGAACGAGAUGACCCAGAUGAUAAUAAAAAGCACAAGAAUCCCAACGUGCUAUCCGUGGAGGAAUUCCUGCAAUAUUUCAUCACCGGCCUCGAGCGUGGGGAUACUAUGAUCGCCCCUGGAAUGAGCCAGGAUAUAGUGGACAAGUGGUAUGCGGAGUUUGGACCUUUGUAUGAGAAAUUGUCUGGUGGGCCUUGA